AUGCCAAAUAUUCGUGAGCCUGGCAAAGUUAACCCCGGCCGGCGUGUAGGAACCGAUGUUUUCCACCCCGUUUCCAAAACUGGUGGACAAAUGAGCCCCAGCGGCCUGGGAUGGAUCAUUGUGGACAGUUUAGACACGUUGAUGAUCAUGAAUCUUACGACACAGCUCUCCGAUGCCCGGAAAUGGUUGAAUCGCGGCUUGAGCUAUGAUCAGGACCAAGAUGUGAAUACCUUUGAGACCACCAUUCGUAUGCUCGGCGGGCUACUAUCGGCACACUACCUAUCGACCCAACUUCCAGACGUAUCCUCCCGCCGGGACUACAUUUAUAUGGCCAAAGCACUCGACUUGGCUGAUAGGCUUUUGAGCGCCUAUGACACCAAAACGGGAAUUCCCUAUGCCAGUGUCAACAUUGGGACCCGAAAAGGUCUUCCAUCUCACACGGAUGGUGGGGCUUCGUCGACAGCCGAGGCGGCCACUCUGCAGUUGGAGAUGAAGUACCUCGCGCAACUGACGGGACAGGAGGUCUAUUGGCGCAAAGCCGAGCACAUUAUGGAGGUGCUCGAUGGCCACCGCAUGCAAGAUGGCCUGUUGCCUAUCUUCGUCAAUCCGCACACAGGCAGUUUCCAUACUAAGAAAUCCGCCUCGGUAGUCGCGGUGACUCCUACUAUGGGAAUUGGUGGUAAGCUAUCGCCAAAAAUGGACCAUCUUGUUUGUUACUUGCCCGGUUCGAUCGCAAUUGGUGCUACGGAAGGACGAACAGAAGCUGAGGCUUGUAAGCUGCCGUCCUGGAGUGCGCAGAAGGAGAGACAGAUGGAACUGGCAAGAGAAUUGAUGAAGACUUGCUGGGCGAUGUACGCUGUCACUGAAUCCGGUCUCGCUCCGGAGAUCUCUUGGUUCGAGGCCGAUUCCGACGAGCUCAAGCCAAAUUCCAGGUCAUCAAGUCGACCUUGGCCGCGAAGCAGCAACAAGAAGGAUUCUUGGAAACAAGACUUCAAUAUCAGACCUGCCGAUGCCCACAACCUGCAACGUCCGGAGACUGUGGAGAGUCUCUUCUUAAUGUUCAGAGUUACGAAUGACCCCAUCUACCGAAAAUGGGGCUGGGAGAUCUUCAAGGCGUUCCAGAAACACACCCUGGUUCCCGAUGGAGAGGGAUAUACGUCUUUGCACGAUGUGACUCAAACUACGCCGUCCCAACGUGACAAUAUGGAGAGCUUUUGGCUGGUGAGACAUACACUUCUCCAUGUUCCCUGA